AUGGCUUUAGCAUCACAAUUAUCAGUUACUGACGAUAGUGCAUACGGGUUUAUUACAAUAAAUGCCGAGAUAGUCUCAAAGAAACGCAAAUUGGCUCAAAAUGACGACAGGUUUGAGGUAGUAAUGUCAGUAUAUUCACCAAAAGCCGACUCCAUGGAUGUGGGUGUUUCUGUUCUAAAAUUGAAGACUCUAGAACUCACUCUAAUGAGUUUUUGUGAUUCCCUGACGUUUGUGAGAACAGUUAAUCAAAUACAGGUAUACGAACCAACUAGUAUUAUUUUACCUGAGGCUCAGUCACACUCUCAAAUUGAGAAACUAAAAUACAUUAUACAUUCAAAUAUAUCAGAUAAAGUGAGAGAACGUUUUAUGAAGGCAAAAGUUUUCAAUGCUUUUGAUGGGAUGAAUAGCCUAAAGCUAUAUACCGAUAUCAAUGAAUCCACUUUAGGACAAGUAAUUUCUAACAGAAAAUUGUCUUUGGCUGCUGCAAAUGCAUGCAUCGACUAUUGUGUUUCGACAAAGAUGUUUCGGGUAACAAAUAAGAUUAGAUUGAAGUACUGUAUGUGUGAGAAUACAAUGUUGAUUGAUACAUGUACGGUUCGAGAUUUAGAGUUGGUUGAUAGUUUGUCAGAAACAGGUACAACUUUGUAUUCGUUUCUUAAUUGUUGUCUAACAAAAAUGGGUAUGCGGAUAUUGAGAACAUCAAUCUUACAACCAUCAACCCACGAGAAUAGUAUUAUACUACGCUCAGAGUCUGUACAGGAGCUAAUCAAUGAUGAAGAUGCACUCAUUAGUAUCAGAUCUCUGUUAAAACAUACUUGUGAUUUGGAAAAGGUUUUCAGCACGUUUUUAGAACCUCGAGGUUUGUUGAGCCAGGAGCAAGAGAUAAACAAUAUCAUUUUACUAAAGACUGUAUUGCAAAAUACAUUUGUUAUAAGGAAGAGCAUACAGAAUGUGUCUAGUCAUUUGUUAGUACAAGUGAAACAAAUUCUUGAGCAUGAAAAUGUCCAGCACUUGCUAGCGAUAAUCAAUGAAUACAUCCGCAAUGAUUGUCAGUGGGCAAAUAACAGCACAGAGCUUGCCAAUCAAAGAGCAAACGCUGUAAAGUCAGGGGUCAAUGGUUUAUUGGAUGUAUCUAGAAGAAUCCGGGAGACUUUGUUGGAAGAAGUUUCCGAAUUGGUGGCCAAACUUUCAGAAGAGUUGGAAAUAUUCAUGGAAUAUAGGUUUGAAAUAUCUAGAGGAUUUUUCAUCAAAAUUAAAGGGAAUAACACUGAUAUCAACUCGUUACCAGAAGUUUUGAUUAAUAGAGUGAAGAAGAGAAAAACCAUUGAAUGCACAACAAUUGAAUUGAUGAAGCAAAGCUCAAGAUACAACGACAUUGUUUCUGAAAUCACCACUUUGAAUAGUACAAUCAUACACGAUAUGUACACUAGCAUCAACAGCUACACACCAAUACUAUUAAUGGUUUCUGAAGCAAUUGGGACUUUAGAUCUUUUAUGUUCUUUUGCCUACUUCACCAGUUUGCAAAAAGACUCUUAUACCUGUCCAGAAUUUGCAAAAGAGGUUACUAUAAUGCGAUCACUACACCCCAUUCUCGGAGGCAACAAUUCUAACUUUGUAGCAAAUAAUUAUUCGUGCAACCAUGAGUUAUCUCGCAUUCAUGUCAUUACUGGAGCAAACAUGAGUGGCAAGUCAGUUUACUUGCGUCAAAUUGCAUACUUGGUGAUUAUGGCACAGAUGGGUUGCUUUGUCCCUGCAGAAUAUGCUAGAAUGAGAAUUUUCAAUAGUUUGUACUCACGAAUAUCCUCCGAUAAUGUUGAUAUAAAUGCUUCCCUGUUUUCAAAAGAGAUGAGCGAAACCGCUGUUAUUCUAAAUGAUCUGGAUGGGGACAGUUUAAUAUUGAUUGAUGAGCUAGGAAGAGGGUCUAGCUUGACUGAUGGCUUUUCGAUAUGUCUAGCCAUUUUGGAGGAUUUGAUAUGCAAAGAAGCAACAGUUAUAACAACGACACACUUUAGAGAUAUAGCACAAGUUCUUGCCAAUAAAUCAUGUGUCGUGACUGCCCAUAUGCAAACAGUGGAAACCAACGGGCAAUUAGAGAUGAAGUAUAAUUUGGUAUUAGGGCGUAAUGGCAUUGUUGGGUAUGGAAUUCGAUUCGCCGAAGUUUCAAACUUGUUACCACAAGAACUAAUUGAAGACUCAAAGGUAGUUGCCAACAUUUUGAGAUCUCGAAAACCUGUCCAUGGAGAUAAAGAGUUGAAGCUAUUAUCACGAAGGAGAAAACUAGUGUUGGAAUUGUAUUUUGCUUUGAACUAUAUUCCCAAAUUGAAUUGUGACAUGAACUAUAAAAUACAGCUAUUGCAAACCCUACAGUCAAAAUUUGUUGAAGAAAUAAAUAUCACACCUAAUACUGAAUAG